CAAAAAACGUGUGGAACUGGGAUGGAGGCGGAGGACGCCCACUGCGCCUGCGCGUGACGCACCGGAAGCCUUCACUGGCGACUGGCGGAGCCGCUUACCGGAAGUUCUUUGAAAUUCGGUGGGAAUGUUUGGGUUUGGUUCCGGGGAUCCUCUAGGACUGCAGCGGAGAUCCCGCUGACCCGCCGUAAACCAGGAUCGUGCCGGCAGAAAACCGGACUCCGGUAGAACACCGCCUCCAUCUUGGCCCCGCCCCUUUAGGCGCCAAAUCCAAACCGACCCGCGGCUGACGCCUUCCAGAUCCGCGAGGGGAUUCCACACCAACUCUGCGGUCACGCCAUGGAGAACGUGUCCACGAACGGAGUUCUGACCCACCUGAGUCAGCUGGAGGUUCGGGCCCGGAGCCCCGGAGGCCCGGAGACGCAGCGGAGCCGCGUGAAGGAGCUGCGGGCGGAGGCGGAGGAGCUGCGCGGCCUCAGGGAGCAGCUGAAGGCGGAGAUCCGCGCGCUCAAGGAUCCAUGUUUCCGUCAGCAUCUGCAGGAGCUCAGGUCGUCUGCAGACCCCCGCCCCUCGGAGGACCCCCCGCUGCUGCAGAUGAUGUGCAGACAGUUGGAUCUGAAGGAUCUCCUCCAUGGCCAUCAUCUCAUAGGCGGAUUGGACGCCGUGCAGACUCGCCAGGGCAGAGCGGUGUGCGUGUCUCUGCAGACGACGUACGAGGGCGUCUUCCUGGAAACCUUCAACCUGGAGCUGGAGCUGAAGCCUCGAGUCCGGAUCGGCCGCCACAACAUCCCCCCCUUCGUUCCCCUGCAGAGCCUGGCGGAGCAGAGCCGCCUGCAGACGGACCCUGGGGCGUUUCUGAGCACGCUCAGUCAGCACCUGAAUGCCUUCGUGGGCCGCAGGCGGCAGCUGCAGCUGGUCAAGGAGCAGCAUGCGUCGGUGGAGGUGAUGGAGAGCAACCUGCCGUGCUCCAUCCUGGUGCUGCUGUUCACCGCGCAGACGGAGAAGGCGGCGGUUCUCUGCACGCUGGAGUACUCCGACCACGGCAGCCGUCUGCCCGGCCGGGUCGUCCUGGACUGUGAAGACAAGCAGCUGCUGAAGUCUCCAGAGUGGAGGAGCUGCUGUGCCACGCUGAUGAAGACGCCGGUGCACAGAGCUCUGGCCAGAAUGAAGAAGAGCAGCCUGAUCCUUUAGUGGAGACACGCUUCAGCUUCUGCUGCUUCAGUCCGGCUGCAGAAAAGCUCUUUCAACCUGCAGCUGACUGCAUGCACACACACAUCUGCACACACACACACACACAUCUGCAGACGCGCACACACAUCUGCACACGCACAUCUGUACACACACAUCUGUGGAGAAACACACACAUCUGCACACACAGAUCUGCACACACACACACAUUUGCACACACACACACACACAUCUGCACACACACACACAUCUGCACACAUCUGCACACACACAUCUGUGGAGAGACACACACAUCUGCACACACACACAUCUGUGGAGAGACACACACACACAUCUGCACACGCACACACACAUCUGCACACACACAUCUGUACACACACAUCUGUGGAGAGACACACACAUCUGCACACGCACACACACAUCUGCACACACACAUCUGUACACACACAUCUGCAGAGACACACACACCUGAAGAUACACACACAUUUGCACAAACCCACACCUGCGUGCUGCAUUCAGGAGCCUGUGAAAAACUGGGAAAUUGAUUUUUGUGAAGAAAUUUUUCAGUGAAGAGGGAAAUUUCCCAGCGUUGUGCCGCUACUCAAACGCAGCACACAUUUGUGGUUGUGUUGACAGAAGGUCUGACGUAUGCACGCUCGGUCCACGUGCACGCUCGGUCCACGUGCACGCUGUUUGUGAAAUCUGAACAGUCGGAGCAUUUUAGGGCUGAGAAAGCGUUGCAUGGAUAAAACGGUCGGUAACCUUUGACCUCUGUGCUGCGUUUGCUGCUGCUUGUUCACGUCUGUUGCAGCUCACCUUUUUCUCCUUGUAGUUGAAGGUUUUUUUGGAAAUGUCGACUAUUUUCUAUAAAAUGUAAAACUACUGAGUGCAAAUCAGUAAAAAUGAAAUAAAAUCAUUUGAGUCUAAA